AAAUCAUUUGGAAUCUAAAGUUUUAAUAUUAAUUUUAUUUCGAUGCAGAAGAAGAUGCACUCCAAAAUCUGGUUUCUGCCGUUUUUAGUUGUUUCAUUUUCAUGUUUUUGUUUUAUAUUCCAUUUAUGCUUAAGCGUAAUAGAUCAUUGACUUUUGAGAAGAUGAACAAAGAAAUGAACUAGCAGAAAAAGAAUUGAUCUAUUUCAUUACUGGCAUACUCUAACACUAAAUGAGUACUUGAAAUUAGUGUUAAAAACUCACAAGUCCUGAAAUGGAAGACCACAUUCAUUGUAACACCUGUGUCAAAUGGAUGAAAUGCAUGAAUGCUCCUGUAAUACCUGGUGAAAGUUGUAAAAUAAUCAGCUGUCCAUUGGAUUGUGGUGCAAAAUAUCAUGCCUGUAAGGGAGAAGAACAUAAGCACUUAUGCAUGAAUGAAAAGGUUGCUUGUAUAAAUGCAGAAUUUGGUUGCCCAUCUAUGAUGCUUCGGAAGAACAGAAGUAAGCAUUUACCAUCGUGCCCUGCUAGUAUCAUACAUUGUUCUGAAGAAUGGGACAGAUGGCCUAUUCAUUUUCAUAAGAAAAGUCCUACUCAUUGUCAAGCUCAACUAGACUCUACUUUAAAAGGUCAUUUAGAUGUUUCUUUAGCCAUGAGAGAUCAAAGAAUGUUGAGAAGGUGGUGUGUUGCUGCAUCUCAGGGUCAAUCACUCAAUGACCAAAAAUUUACCAUUAGCCCUUCAAGUUCUUUAUGGAUAUUUAGGAAAUGGCAGAGCUCUAGAGAGUACAGCUAUCCACCUGGACUACAGCAAAGUGUGUGUAAAGAACUGUGCAAGACUUGUAAAAGAGUGGCCAAAAAUGCUUCAAGUCAAUAUUCUAAUGGUAACAGCAAUAGUAACUGUGUUAGUAAAACGGUGGAUAAAGAUGCUAUGAAUUCUAUUGAGUUGUCUGAUAAAGAAAACUCUGGUGAUUACAACAAUAUUCAGACAGAUAAAUCUGAGCAGAAUUCAUUGAAUAAAUUAAAGUUUGAAAAUAACAAUGUGUCUAUUCCUGAAAAAGCUGUUAGUGAGUUACCCCACUACAACUUGGAUGAUGUCUUGCAACUUAGUCAAUUUGGCACUAUUGUGUAUAACCAAGCAUCUGGAGAAAGAUCUAUUUAUGUUGCUGUUGAUCCAGCUGAUACUUACUAUUUGAAUACAUGUUUAGACAAUCGAAACAUGGCAUGCCAAAUUCUAGAUUUGAAAUUUCGUAAUCCAUCGUCUACCCCACCCUGGUGCCUUUCCUUAGGAUUAGAUCUAAAUUUAGAAUCACGGUCUUUGCAUCCUCCUUCAAAUUUUAUGUACACUUUUUUAUGCAGUCAAGAAUUCAGAAGAGAUCAAUAUGGUUGGCAUUUUAAGAAUGUUCAUUCUGAAAUCCACGGAGGAUUAAAUGGCUGGUUGAUAGAAAGAUGUCCUUUAGCUCAAUAUGGUUGUAAGUUUGCAAGAAGACGAUUCAAUCCUGAAUCCAAGAACUCAGAUAUUGUGUAUAAUGAAAACUUAGAGAGUUUUGGCAUAUCUUACUCUAGUACUUGUAAUAAAGAAAACGUCACAGAGGAUGCUGGUUUAAAAAGUUCUUCCCAUGCUCAAAGUUUUUCCCUUCUUGAUAUGCCAUUUGACGUAUUGCAGCAUAUUGUAAGAUUUCUAGACAGCUUCAGCUUAGCAAAUCUGUCACUAACUUCAACUCUGUUGAGAGAUGUUUGUUCAACCAUUUUGAAAGAUAGAGGAUUGGUUCAUUUAAAGUGGGAAAGGUACAAAUUGAAUGAUGGAAAAUAUUCAUGGAGAGUCGCUAAGAAGAUGUGGUUCUUUAGUUCACAUUUUUCUCCCAUACACCGAUGGACCGUGGAAAGCAAAGAUAAUAUGUCAAGUCACUUGAAAACUUGUCCAUACUUUAAUCGUAUUUCACAGAAAAAAGCAUUUGGUUAUGAACAUUCAAGAAACAUUGGUCAUCCAUUAGACAAGCGCUUUUGUGAUCCUUUUAACGAAUUCUGUGAGCAUAACACAACAAAGCUGUGAUAACCUUAAAUUUGCAUUAAGUUAUGGUUACGGUUUUAUUUUUCAAGCAUAAUCAACGGUUGGUAGAUGUUGUGUGCUUGUAUGCAAUUGUUAUGGUAGCAGCUGGAUUCUGCUGUGUAGACAAUGUAAAGCUGAUUAGUAUAUUUUAAUUAAUUUAUUAUAUUGUGUAUAUUAACUCAUUAAUGUAGUGUGAAUGUUUUCUUUUAAAGUAUGCAUAAUUAGUUGUUUAGCUUUUAAAGCAUUGAGUGAUAGUUUUUUUUUCUGUGAUUCAAGGUUUAAUGUUUUGCAUACUUACAAUAGUUAGGAAUGUUUGCUUAGAAAUACUAAUUUUUAGUCAAUUGUAAUUAGAUUUAACAUUUUGUUAUGAUUUUCAUAAAAAUAUUUAUCUAAUGACCGGUUUUGUUGGUGUAUUUUCAAAGUUGAAAUUAUGGUUGAUUUUAGUGCAAUUUUGAAAUGUAAUUUACAAUUUUAUUUACAUUGAAAAAUUAUUUAUAAAUAUUUCAAUUAAAAUAUUUUAAUUUUAGAUUAGCUUAGAUAUUUUUAUUUUAUAGUCACAUUUCAGUGAAGUACAAAAAUUAAUUUUAUCAUGUUCCAUUGCUAAAAUAUAUGUAAAUUUAGGAAAGUCAGUAUUUCUUUUAUAAAGUUAAAAAUGUGUUGAUUUAGUUUUUGUAAAAACUAUUAUAAAUAAUCUCAUUUGUGUUAAAGUUCGGAGCAUUUAUAAUACUAAGUUUAUAAAAAAGUUCAUUUCUCUUUCCUCUAUAACUCAAUGUAGGGUCUGAGGAAAAUAUUUCUAGACUGUUAAGUUCUUAUUCUACCUUAAAAUAUAUUCCAGUUUCUCUAAAGAACUUUUAUCUUUAAAAAUUUGAAGACUUGUUUAAAAUUCAUACUAAACAAAGUUUUUUUUUUCUCGUCAAAUGCACUAGAAUACAAAUAUUUAGUUGUAGAUUGUUUUUUAAUGUAGCUAUGCAAUUCUUUGCAUAUAGUUAGACAUCUUUUUUCCCCCUCUGAUUGUUUAGAUGUUCCAACAUAAACUUAUUGCUCAAAUCAUAGCACCAAAAUUUUAACUUACUAUAACUAACAUUAGAGGAGUCCUAUCAGAGUUAACAAAUAUCAAAAGAAAUGCUUCAAUUCAAAAACAUAAUGUUUUGCAACUAGCUGACUUUUUAAAUUGAAAGUUAUUAUCAACGCAUUUUAUUAUUUUAAUUUUGAAUAAAGGUUUGAUAAAAUUUCAAACACAAAUAAAACUAUGUUAGAAAUCAAAAUUAAAAUAAGAACAGUGAUAUGCAUUUUAAUAAUUUUAUAUUCAUAACAAAAAUUCUUACAAAACAAUAAAACGUAACGGCAGUAUAUAACUUUAUAAUUAAUAAUAUGUCAGGGAUUUUAUAAUGUUAUAAAACUAAAUCAAAAUAAGAAGAAAGUUCGCCUGAAAAUGUAAGUUGAAAUGAAGCUUGUUUAGAAAUAGCAGACAGUUAACUAUUCCGGAUCAUUCAAAGUCAUUCUACCCACGAAACUCAAAAGUUAUCAGGUUUUUUGAGGCCCUCAAUGCCUCAGGAAUGCAAACGGGUAUAAAGUUUGCAUUUGACUGCUUUAAUCAGAUGUUUUUAUGGUAAUGUAAUUUCUUCUACACAUUUUAAUUCUAUAUGAUUCUGAUGAUCUAGUGCAUUUACUUUAACUUUCUCUUAGCAUUUAGUUUAACAUCAAUCCCCAAAAAGAGAAACUUAAACAACGUAAUGGGUAUAUAAAUAUCUUUGGAAACAACUCUUAUUCCUAUAUCAGUAGUCAUACUCUGAUGACUCAUAGUUUUGAAGCAACUGAACUAAAAGAAAUACCCUUAUAAAUAUCAUUGGGCAAAAUACUCAAAAAUAAUUCAAAUCUUUAAAAUUAGGGCGAUCAAAGAUUUUCAUUGUUACAGUCAAGAUAGUAAAAAGCAAUCAGAAUUUUUUAAUAAUAGGAAAAGUAUAGUAUAAUUUAUAUCUAGAAAAUAAGUGUUACAGUCUAAAAUAGUUAAACAAAUUAAAACAUGAUAUUGUUUAAAAUAUAAAAUCAUGAAUUACCAAUACUCAUCACAGUUUAAGAAGGUUUUAGAAAGUAGUUAUCUUUAAAAAUAAUAUAUUUUUAAUGAAUUUGAGCUAUAUUGUAAAGGAACAACAUAGACUCCACUUCAAAAUUUUGUAAAAUGUCACAUUGUAAAUUUGUUGCCUUUAGCAAAUUCAAGUCACUUAUAAUUAACAAAUUAGUGUAUUUAUUUAGUAGAGUAUGAACUAUAUAAAUAAAUAAACCUGGCAUUACAUAUAAGUAGAGGGGUUAAACAAAUAAGGCUUAAAUCCAUUUGAGUAUUGUCCUGCAAUGUAUUUAUGUCUGUAACCUAAUUAGAAAUAUGAAGUUUUUUAGUCUUCCUAUUGUUAGUUAUAUCUAUCUCUUUCCCAUAUUUUUAAGACAUUUAAUAAUGUAGUUUAUCUCAGUUAUUAGUUCUAUUGCUAUAUUCUUGUGAGUAAUAUAAACUCAUAACAAAUUCGUUAGCCUUCUAAAUCUUUGUAAAAGAUAUACCUUUCUUUAAAUUAUAAUUUUUGAAACAUCAUUACAUCAUAUUCCAUAGUAAUGUCUGAAUCUAUACAUUGUGAUGUACAUAAUUUAUAGGUUGAUAACAUAAAAUUGAAUUUGUUUUCUAUCUAUCUAAAUUGUAAAAUUUCAAUGCAAAAAAAUGGUGAUAAAAUGAAGUUUAUUAAACAUUAAUGAAUAUGUACAUUUUCAUAACAGUACAAACAUUUUAUAUGAAAAGCAACAAAUUAAUAAAAUACUUAUAUUUCA